AAUCACGGAGGCCACGUUCGAAGUCGAGGGCGGCGAAGGCGGCUCGUGAGAUGACGCGCAUUUGAUGUUGUUUGCUGCUCGCGUGGCGCGCGAUCAUCUGAGGAGCCUCCGAUUUGGCCCUAUGCCACCCGGCCUUCUGUUAGCGGAGCUAUCUGAUAUAAUCUGCUGUGUAAAGAGCGUGUAUAUAUAGCAGUCGGGGGAAGCGCCGAUCAGCCUUACCAGCAUACCUAAAGCUUAUCAUGGCACAGCAGUACGCGACGCCUAGCAGUGCAGUCGGCGGGCUUCUGGAAACUCUCAGGACCAACCAUGACGAGGCCUUCCUGUACGUGUCCCAAGGCCUCAGCUACGAAGAACAAGGCGAGAACGCCCUUGCCAUCGAGAUGUACUACAAGGGGCUCGAAAAGUUGGCCAAUGGCUUGAACCUCAACUGCGAGCGCCCGGGUUGCAAUGGUCCGGAGUGGGAGAAGGCGCGCACCAUGCAGCGGAAGAUGCGGCACAUCAAGGACGAAGUCGAGUUUCGGCUUAUGGCCAUCGAAGCAGCCGGCGGAGCACCUCUUUACGCCGACAGGCCACCGACCUACGACGAGGCGACGAGUGCGGAUACUGCCCGCCCCCCGCGAAGGGAAGCAGAGGAGCUCUUUUGCAUCGAGUCUGGUGUUCAGAUUUUCUAUGUCUCCGGAGGAGGAGGAGUUGAGGCACCACUUGAGCCCACAGAUCUCCAUGUGUACCGCUUGCCGGGCAGACAAGAUGCCAUAUUUCCUGAUGAUAAAGCCCCACUCCCGUGGCUACAAGUGGGCACAUGGAUUUACCCUUUGGUUCCGAAGCAGUCCCCGGCCCUGAGGUCAGGCUAUGGAGCCUAUCUCUUUCCCAACAUUGAUGCACCUUUGAAAGAAUCUGAGGCUUUUGUGGGAGUCCUGCUUCCUCCUGACCUGCCACAUGAGAUGAUCUCACUUUUUGAGUCUCUUAUGGAAGAGCUGACCGCCAUGAAGAUGGAGGCCAUGACUGACCCAAGCGGCCUCCCAGAUUCUGUGAUGAGCCGGUUCCGUCGGUCUACCUCCUUCAGCCAGCAGGUGUCUGCGAGCAUAGUAUCAGGCUCAGAGGCCCUGUCCAAGGGUUUGACCAAGGGUGCCGUGGUGACUGGUCAGGCUCUCAAAAUGGGCACAGCGCGGCUCAAGCAGUACCUCAAGCCAGAAGCCCAGCCGGUGAUAGUGGACCCCAGAGUGAAGCAAGGGCUCGAGAUCCUGCGUACCGUCACGGGCUCGGUGCGCAAUGUCACAGAACGUGUCGCCAACAAAGUGGGCGAGCUGACGGUGACAGUGGCACAGAUGGUGGCCACGAAUGUGUCCUGUGACACUUGCGUGGCUGGCGCACCAGAAGUGCCUUCCACAAGCAUGGAGAAAGUGCAGAGUGCAAUCACCAUUGCCAAGGGUGGCUUACAAGGUUUGUCCACUGUGUAUGUUGGCUUGGAAAAUGCAGCCAAGAUCUUGGCUACCAGCCUUGCCAAUGAGACAGUUGAGGUUAUUGGCCACAAGUACGGAGCAGAUGCUGCACAAGUGGUGGACAGUGCCAUGAACUCUGUCACCAAUGUCACAUUGGCCACAACCGCAGUCCGUGGUUUAGGAUUCAAAGGGAUUGCGAAACGCACUGCAAAAGAGACAGGAAAAGCAAUCCUUCAGGAAUAUGUGAGCAGCCUCGAGGCGCAAGGAAAUUUUCGUGAGAGUGCAGCCUUACGAAAAAACCUAGAAAUGCAAAAGUCUUAGAAAGUGUUGUUUUU